GAAAUACCCAGUUUGUCGCACAGCAGUAGUUUCCGCACUCAGAGUUCGGUUAUUGAGCUGGUCGGUUCGUCGCAGGACAAUUUCACGAUAUACACAGACGACUAUCCAAGCAACGAGGACAGCGACGCGGGGGAUGAGGCCAGCGGCAUGGCCGAAAAGCACCCGACAGAAAACCAGCAGCCGUCCCAGGCUGUUGACCUUCCUUAUCUGAAAGACUCCUUGUACCAGUUCAGAAAAUUCGCUCCUGGCACCCAGCACUAUUUGCUGACCAAGGAGGAAUCGGUGCUGUACAACGCCAGAAAAUACGGCCCCAUUACGCCGAAAAAGGUGUAUCUGAAAGAUCACGAGGCAAAGAGAAAUUUUAGCUCUGGGGAGUCGCAGAAGAAUCUUCUUAAAUCAGAGUCCUUCUCGUCCGACUCAAGCACGUUCCAACUCGAGGAAUGGCACGAGCUGGGAGACCUUGAGAAAUUUUACUACCAUAGGGCCCGAAUCGGCCAUAACUGCCCAAGCAAUACGGCCUUAUUUUUCGUUCUCGCUUCGUUUUUCGUGCCACCAUUCUGGCUGCUCAUCUGCGUCGGCUAUUUGGACAAAACUUUCGGCCGAGUGCCGCUGGAGUAUAAGAUAGCCAGUGGGAUGUUGGCGCUGUUGGCGUUGGCCGGUUGCGCGAUUGGGAUUGGCCUGGGGUUCUACUACAGCGUGAGCUGACCACUUUAAUAAAAACUUUGGCUGUGCAUAUAUUUUCAUAAUGUUAAA